UGGGGGGGGGGGGGGGCUGCUCGUAGGUUGGUUUCUUGGAAAAAGGGUGUCAAGAAACAAAAGGCAUUCGAGUAUUGGAGGAGGGGUUCAAGUUUUUUUUGUCUUUUUGGCAUUUCAAGACCGGCAGUAAGAGUUCUAUAAAGAGUGAUCCGAUCGGAGCCACGACCUCAUUGUGUGGAAUAUGGCACAUGGAAAAGGACUCGUAUUGUCGGGAUUGCUGGUUGGGGUAGCAUUCUGGGGUGUGAAUGCACAGACGACUUCGGACCUAGGACCAGGAGCUGGUGUGCCAGCUGGCAUAGCAGGGCAGCCUACGUGCUUUUCACUCGCUGGGACGACAACCUGUACCGCAUGGAAAGACUACACUAUUCAAGCUUCUACUAGCUUUGCCAAUCUGACCGCAUUUGACGCUUACAUUCAAUCCCUUUACGACAACACCACAACUUCCCUUGCUACAUUUCAACGAGAUAAUGCUUGUCCCACUUGGAAUGGCAAGGGGCGACGAUAUCACAUUUCCUUCCUCUGCGGAAUGGUCAUUGACGUCUCGACUGUGAACGGCUGUAACCCUACCAACAUCCCAGGGCCACUGUGUAGCAAAACAGCAAAGCAGGCCGUUGAUAGUUUGACAGAGAUUUAUGCAGACGCAAAGAGUUGCACGCCAGGCGUCGCCAGACCGUUUCCGAAUACUACUGAAACGUUUAUGAGGAGGAUGACCACGGAUGUGGACUGUGUUGCUGCAUUGCCGUUUGAAUGGGCCAUGUGCGGAUUUUGGACAGAUGCUGAAGCCACGGCUUAUUGUAGUGCAGCCGCUACAUCCUCGGAUCUCUGUUGUCAAGCGCAGAAAGCCAAACUAGCCAAUCAACCCAUCGUAGUUCCCACAUCUGUGGGCGGCCCAACGUCCACCACACGAGGUGGUGGCUCGCAGGGGACAACUCCAGGGGGAACAGGGGGAACUGCUUCAACCUCUGGAGUAAACGGGCCCAGCAGCCAGACUCAAAGUAACUCCGAGUACGGUAAACCCAGUAAUGCAGUGAUCAUUGGCGCAUCGGUUGCCGGCUUUGUUGCCCUCGUUGCUGUAGGAGCUGUCUUGAUCGUUGGGCGGCGAAAGCGCGCUGCACGACAACUUCCCGAUGGCUUUAUCUUGGGAAGUGGCGCGAGUGGCCAGGAUGGUAGCAGCGGGAGGAAAAUCGGAGGUGGGGAUGAGAAAGGUGGAAUGUUGAUGGCUGGUGCGAUGGCCCCCGCUGCGGCUGCUGCGGCUAAUAGAGAGGGAGAUGUCGGUGAACCAAUCCAAAUCGCGGAAACCAUGGAAGUCAUAUAUAACUAUGUGCCGAAUCUCUCUGAUGAGAUUUAUCUUUAUAUUGGCGACCCAGUCAUUGUUAAAUGCAAGUUCGAUGACGGUUGGGGGUACGGUUUCAACAUGACGACCAAGCAAGAAGGUUCCUUCCCUCUCGCGUGUGUGGCGCCCUACAACUCUCGCGAUGGAGCCAAAAAUCCCGUAGAUAGUCCGCAAUCGGACGAUCACUGGGGAUCCGAUGAUGGAAUGGGCACAAUGACCACGAUGGAUAGUCUGCAAUUUGGAAAGAGGGAGAGCAGCCUUGGAAGAUUUGCGUCGACAGCGUCCUCGACGAUGAACAAUGUUCAACAGCCUAUGCAGGCACGACAGGGAUAUGAGGUUGUGAACCCUCCUUUCCCUGUUGGAUAUAGUGCUACGCCCACUGGUGAACAGCCUUUGCACCCGGAUGGACAACGACUGUAUCCUUCUGCCCAAGACAAGGGUUACUUCCCAGCUCAAGAGCCACAUAGCCCUUCCUACUCAUCCGACGCGUCUUACCCACCUUAUGGCAAUCGAAGAUAUGAUUAAUGCGACGAGUCCUCACGCAUGAAAAACGGAUCCAUAUCCAGUUGUACUUAAAUAGUUAUUACGGUUUUAUAGAGUAGAUCCCCUUCUGGUACUUUAGGUUACUUUUUUUUUACCUUCUUUCUAAAUACUGUAGACAUGCUAUGCGAAAUAGAUUUACGGACUGCCUUUUCCUA